UUUCUUUUUCCUCUCUAUCUUCUGCCGUCCUUCUUUUUCAGGCAGGAAACCAGAAACCGAGCCAGCAAAGGUUAGUGACCGUACACACAUUCUCUCUCGCUCUCUCUCAUUGGCAUCAUCGCGCGGGCCAAAUCCAGGGAUCUGAGUGGCUCUCUAUCUCCGCCUACCUCGACCUGAUAGGCCAAGCGCUUGAUCGACCGGGAAGUUAGUCGUCUGUGAUUUGUGGCGGAAAUACACGCCUGUGGGUUCGCAUGGAUCCUUUGGCUCGUCUCCUCAACCGACCAACGUGGAUGCUGUGUCUGGAACUCUGGGACCCUCUUUCUCGCCCUCUCUGUGUCUUGUACCUGUGGGCCCAAACCACACCCACACACACACGCACCACUCACCCCCCGGGUUGCUCGACGCUUCCGUGCAGGAUUCUGAACUCUCUGGAAGGGCUUCUGAUCCGCAGCAUCACAUCACCCCGUCCACCUUCCCGCCUGCCUCGUUUCUUAUUAUUUGAGAACCACUCAACCUCCCUUUAUAUCUCUUUUUCCCCCUACUUUCUCUCCUCUCCCUGGUGUCGUCAUAAUUAUCCUUCUUUGUCUGCACUGGGUGUCUUACUGUUUUGUCUUUUUGUCUUCUUCUUCAUUUUCGACUCUCUCCCCCAAGACUCGUUACAUGUUCCAUCCAUAUCUCGGCUGCGGCACACGACUAACCAGUCCAUUCUCUCGAUAACAGAUCUCACCCUUCGUUCACUGAGAUCUUUCGCGCCUCCCACCACCCCACACUUACCUUGGUCCUAUUUUAAUUCCAGCGUUCCUCAUCCCUCCCGACGCUGUCUCCGAACGCCCCGAAUCGGCUUCUUUCGUUACACGUCCCGUCCCCACGGCUUCUUACAUCCAGCCCCCGCCGGUUCUCAUUGGCAACCGCCUGCUCCCGCUGAGUCAACAUAGGCUGAAACCUCUCCCCUCGCCAUUGACCCGUCAUUUCCGGCCAGGGACACCCAAGCCCUAUCAGUACCUGCAAAGUCGUGAGGAACAAUCCGCGGG